CCGCCGCCACUGCUGCCGGCGCCGCUCCUCCUCCGUGUCAGUUGUUGGGCUGUAAUGGCGACUGGGCCGCCGCUGCCGAAGUGACUCCCGGGCGGGGGAGCGGGGCCGGAGCUGCGCCAGCGGGAACUGCAGAGAGCCGCAGCUCAGGGGCUUGCUGUGGGGGAGGGGAGGCCGCCUUUCCGCCUCUCCUUCCGUCUCUGCAGACCCGCGGCUCCGGGGAGCCGGUACGAAGCGGGCACCCGGUGCGUCCCCGGAGCGGGGAGGCCAGGCCGGGCAGCCCUGGGGCCGGUAGGGGCGGCGUCACUGCACCCUCCGCCAGGCCCCGCGGGAUGCACCGUGGGAGCCGAGGGCGGAGGCGACACUCUCAGGUAAAUUGGCAGGAUGAGGAGCAGCAAAUCAAAAGAGGUGCCUUUACCAAAUCCAAGGAAUUCUCAAAGCAAGGAUACUGUUCAAGCAGAUAUAACCACAUCGUGGGAUGCACUUUCUCAGACCAAGGCUGCUCUGAGACACAUUGAAAACAAAUUAGAAGUAGCCCCUACAAGUACAGCUGUGUUUGAUACUGUCAUGGAUACCAAGAAAUCUGCAAGUGCUACCCGAAAAAUAAGUAGGAAAGAUGGUAGAUACCUGGAUGAUUCUUGGCUUAAUGCUCCAACCUCCAAAUCUUCUAAAUCACGAAAAGAGAAAUCCCGUAGUCCUCUCAGAGCCACCACCCUGGAGAGUAAUGUAAAGAAAAAUAAUCGUGUGGAGUUUCGUGAACCUUUGGCUUCUUACCGGGAAAUUCAUGGCACAACUUCCAAUAUAAGUCCCAGCCCUUUAGAGUCAAAGCAUGGAUAUUGUGUGGAUGUUAACGAAGAAAAGCCUGAGAAUAGGAACCGGAUGAUAAACAGUCAAGAAGAACGGAAUAUGUGUUGCUGUGAUUUUGAGGGUUCCCAAUCAUCUGUCAUCAAUGAUACUGUGGUUAGGUUUUUAAAUGAUGGACCAGCAAUUGAUGCACUGCAAAAUUCUGAAUGUUUGAUGAAGAUGGCAGCUCCUAUGAGAACUGAGGAAGAAAAGCCUAAUAGAACAAAAGGAAAUGAGAACAAUUUGAAGGCUUCUGUCAGUAACAUGGGCCAUGAUAUUGAUCCAAAAGUGUUACGGCUAACCGACUCUUCUCCAUCUUCUACUAGCACUUGUAAUUCCCAAAGAUUAGAUAUCUUAAAACGGCGACAACAUGACAUCAAACUGGAAAAACUCAAGGAGCGGAUUAGGAAACAGUGGGAACACUCAGAAGAAACAAAUGGCCGGGGCCAGAACCUGGGUCCUGUUGACCACCCAGUAAUGGUUAUUAAUGUUGACAACUCAGUGACAGCAAAAGUCAGGAAAGUGGCGGCAGCACCACCUGCUCCAGCAUAUAAAGGCUUCAAUCCUUCAGAGACCAAGAUUCGAACCCCUGACGGCAAAGUGUGGCAGGAGGCUGAGUUUCAGCACAUGAGCAGAGAGCUGUACCGAGACUUAGCACUUCACUUUGCAGAUGGCAUCUCUAUGAAAGCGAAACCUGCUGAUAAAAGUAAAGAGAAGAAAGUGGUCAAGCCAGUACGAAAAGUCCAAAAGGUAGCACAGUUAUCAAGUCCAGAAUGCAAAACAGGUAGUAGUCGUCUGAUAAGUACAUCAUCUUGGAGAGAUGGACAAAAAUUAGUAAAGAAGAUUCUGGGACCUGUGCCCAAAAUGGAUCAAAAAGAACGAAGAACAGCAUCAAGUGACAGAAGUGGAAGAGAAAGAACUACUAAGUCUGGGGGUCAUAUUGGAAGAGCAGAAUCUGAUCCCAGGUUGGAUGUUUCACAUAGACAUCUUCUGCGAAACUCAGAACGUUCCAGAAGUAGAGCUCGGUCCGAAAAUAAUAUCAAGAAAUUAGCUCCAUCUCUUCCAGAUGAUAAACAGGAGGAAACGACCGCCUUAAAUAAAGACUUUCUACCUGUUGAAAUUCGUGGAAUUCUUGAUGACCUGCAGCUGGACUCCGCAGCUCCGGCUUCAAGGCAGGAGAUGGGAGAGUUACCCAGUCAGAAGUCACCAGUGCCUGUCCAGCCUCCUCGGAGUCACAGCCCAAUCAAAAGAAAACCCGACAGAAUAACAGCCAACGAAGACCCCCCUGUCAUUUCUAAGAAGCGCCACUAUGACACAGAUGAGGUCCGGCAGUACAUUGUUAGACAGCAGGAGGAAAGGAAGAGGAAGCAAAAUGAAGAGAAGAAGGCGCAAAAGGAGGCCACGGAGCAGAAGAACAAACGACUACAGGAGCUCUACCGGAAACAGAAAGAAGCCUUCACUAAAGUGAAGAACGUGCCUCCUCCUCCUGAGCCUUCGGCAGCGAGGCGGCUGCAGGAAACCUACUCCAAAUUGCUGCUAGAAAAGGCCUUGCUUGAGGAGCCAACUCAGCAGCAUGUUGUGCAGGAAGCACAGACCAGGCCAGGGUAUCAGCCAUCUGGAGAAUCUGAUAAAGAAAACAAAGUGCAGGAACGUCCCCCAAGUGCAUCUUCCAGCAGUGACAUGUCUCUGUCAGAACCUCCACAGCCUCUUGCAAGAAGGGAUUUGAUGGAACCCACGUGGAUGCAGCCUGAUCGAUUGAGCCCACGAGUCCACCAUUCUCAGCCACAGCCUCUUGUUGGAGCAGCUGGAAAUUUACUCUCCCAUCUCUUGAAUCUAGAGCAUGUAGGAAUUUUGCAUAAAGAUUUUGAAUCUGUUUUACCAACCAGGAAGAAUCAUAAAAUGGCGCCAGGGCCAUUAACUUUUACACCUCAACCAUAUCUGACCUCACCAGCUGCUCAUCCAGAUGCCUUGUUAAAACCUAGUGUCAGCCAAUAUAAGAGUAAACUGGAUCGUAUUGAAGCCUUGAAAGCAACAGCUGCUUCUUUGUCCAGUAGGAUUGAAAGUGAAGCCAAGAAAUUAGCUGGGGCUAACAUUAAUUAUGGGUCAGUGAGGAACGCUGAGUAUGAAAUGCAGCAAACACCCCAACAAGAUGGACCUUGGACUAAGGCUAUAAGUCCACCUGUGAAAGAGGAUGCCGAAGAUGUUUUCUCCGCCCGAAUUAAAAAGAUGCUGGGAACCUGUGGAUCUCAUGCAACUUUUGAUGAUGAGCUUCCUGGGGUAGGCAAUCUUAGUGAAUUUAAAAAGCUUCCUGAGAUGAUAAGACCUCAUAGUGCCAUAUCGAGCCUCAGAAUGAGGUCCCCUGGUUCCAAACCAGAAGGACUGCUGGCACAGUUGUGUAAGAGGCACACUGACUCUUCUAGCUCUGAUAUGCAAGCUUGUUCUCAAGACAAAGCCAAAACGUCUCUUGGUUCCAGCACAGAUUCAGUCAGUGAGGGGCCUCUUCUUAGUGAGGGGAGUCUCUCUGAAGAAGAGGGAGACCAAGAUGGCCGGUCCCCUUUGAAGGUAGCAGAAAUCUUAAAAGAAAAGGAAUUUUGUGCUGGAGAAAGAAAUGCUUAUGAACCCAUCAAAGAGUUUCAGAAGGAAGCUGAAAAAUUCUUGCCACUUUUUGGGCACAUAGGUGGUACACAAAGCAAAGGACCAUGGGAAGAAUUGGCAAAGGGAAGUCCACAUAGCGUCAUUAAUAUUUUUACAAAAUCGUACCAGUUAUAUGGAAAAGACGAGAAAAUAUUUGAAGACAGGUUGGAAGGAGGAGCAUCAGCACCGCGGUCUGUGAAUGCCGCCUCAACGCCUCUAAGCAGUGUUUCGUAUGAAGAUGAUUUUGUCUCCUCUUCAGGGAGUGGGACCUUGACAGAAAAAAAAUCAGCUCUUGAACCUAGUAUUGGUAGCAGUUUAGGCAUUCAGGAGGACCAUUCUAGUAGAAAGUCAGCCUAUGAUCUUUCCUCUGUGGAUAUGACCUCCCAGCAUUCAUCGGGGGCCCACUCUGCUGCAUCCUCUCGUUCAUCUACUUCUUCGAAAGGAAAGAAAGGAAAAAAGGAAAAGAUGGAAUGGCUGGAUUCACUCCCUGGAAACGUUCAGAACUCACGUCUCGAUGAGGAAAAAGCGCACUCUGGCUCAGAUCGUGGCUCUCAGCAAGGAAAGAGACCUGGGGCCAGUAGCAAACUUUCCGUCCAAGAUCAUGAGCAGACGCUUGACACUGAUAGCACUUUGGAGGAUCUUUCUGGGCAGUCUUUGAGCAUCUCAUCAGACAAGGGAAGAUCUCAGAAAACUCCACCUUCUCCCCUGUCUCCAAGUUCCCAGAAAUUGUUGCAGUUUGACCUUUCAGGAACUUCAUUAGAAAGAUCGAAGUCUUUGGUAACAGUGUCUCCAGCUACAACAGGAUUGAAGCCUAAUGCCUCUUUUACUGAUAGGAGCGUGGCUGCCAGCAGAACUCCUACAGAGAUGACUUCAGCACUAGGUUCUAAACGCUUUUCUCCUGCUGGCCUCCAGCAUCGAAUGGCAGCUGAACUCAGUUACUUGAGCGCCAUAGAGGAGUCUGUGCGCCAGCUCUCGGAUGUAGAAAGAGUUAGAGGCAUCUCCCUUGCUCAGCAAGAGAGUGUGUCUCUGGCUCAGAUCAUAAAGGCACAGCAGCAACGCCAUGAAAGAGACUUGGCCCUGUUGAAAGUGAAGGCUGAACAGGAGGCUCUGGAGUGUCAGAGACAAUUAGAAGAAACUCGAAACAAAGCCGCUCAGGUUCAUGCAGAAUCAUUACAGCAGGUGGUGAAGUCACAGCGGGAUGUCACUGAUGUCCUGCAGGAAGCAACUUGUAAAAUAGCUGCCCAGCAAACAGAGGCUGCUCGCCUCACCACAGACGCAGCACGCCAAAUCUGUGAGAUGGCAGAGUUGACUCGAACUCGAAUCUCAGAUGCCAUCACUGCUUCAGGAGCUCCCCUAGCAACGCUGUAUGACCACCAGCGGCAACGUGCACCAGACUUCAUAAAACAGCUGAGCACCAGGGCUGAAGCAGAUAGGAAAAGUGCAUCUGUUUCACUCUCUCACAGUAAAGAAGGGACCCUGGACUCAAAGCAUCAGAAGUAUUCUUCAUAUGAUACUUAUUCUGAAUCUUCAAGAUAUAAGAAUCACGAUCGAAGAAGUAGCAGCGGUAGCAGCCGUCAGGGAAGUCCUCCAGUUCCAUCUUCUAAGGAAAAUGAGAAGAAGCUUUCUGGUGAAAAGACGGAGAGUUCUAUUGAUGAACAGGCUCAGACUGCUGUGGAUGACACUCUACGAAGCGACAGUGUACCUUCUCUUCUCGAUGAGAAAGAUUCAACUUCUAUUGCGACAGAAUAUUCCCUGAAAUUUGAUGAAUCCAUGACAGAAGAUGAAAUAGAAGAAAAAUCAUUUAGAUCUUUACUACCUUCUGAGAGCCAUCGCAGAUUUAACAUGGAAAAGAAAAGAGGCCAUCAUGAUGAUUCUGAUGAAGAAACCUCCCCAGAAAAGACUACACUAUCUUCUGCCAAGGAGCUGAGCAUGCCGUUCUCAGGAGGACAAGAUAGCUUUUCUAAGUUUACUAUGGAGAUGGUUCGACAGUAUAUGAAAGAAGAAGAAAUGAGGGCAGCUCACCAGUCUUCACUCCUGCGUCUCCGUGAAAAGGCCUUGAAGGAGAAAACGAAGGCGGAGUUAGCCUGGCUAGAGCAUCAAAAAAAACAUCUACGAGACAAAGGAGAAGAUGAUAAAAUGCCCCCACUCCGGAAGAAGCAGCGUGGUUUGCUCUUAAGGUUGCAGCAAGAAAAGGCAGAAAUUAAACGUCUUCAAGAAGCCAAUAAGGCAGCUCGGAAGGAAAGACAACUGAUUCUUAAGCAGCAAGAGGAGAUAGAAAGGAUCCGACAGACCACCAUAAAACUACAGGAGAAGUUAAAGUCUGCAGGGGAGAAUAAAUUGGACUCUCAUAGUGACGAUGAUACGAAGGAUGAUAAGGUGGUCAGUCCUGGUCCCACUGACUUGGAAACCCGCAGCCCCUCUCCCAUUUCAAUCUCCAGCAGUGAAACUAGCAGCAUUAUGCAGAAACUGAAGAAAAUGCGAAGCCGCAUGGAUGAAAAACACUGCUCUCCUGUUCACUACUUCUUCUCUGUCUUUACGUCUCAUCACUGGGCCUCUCUCAGUGUCUGUUUUCCCAACCUUCACCCCAAAUUCCAGCUGUAUAUCUACAACCAGUUGGUCAGGUUUCUGACAAAGCGGGAGCAAAAACUCAUGCAGCGGCGACAACAUGCAGAAGAGCUACUAGAAUGGAAGCGACGUUUAGAUGCCGAGGAAGCAGAAAUUCGUCAAAUGGAAAAACAAGCUUUGGCUGCCUGGGACAAAGAAUUAAUAAAGCCUAAAACUCCUAAGAAAGAACUGGAGGACCAGAGAACAGAACAGAAAGAACUAGCGAGUGAGACGGAGUCCCCAGUACCUUCCUACUCUCAUCCACACAGCGAAAGCUCUAUUCCAGAGGAGCUGGGCAGCCCUGCUGCUGAAUACAUACCGUCCGAGCCUAUCGGUCAGGAGCAGCCAGGAAGUCCAGACCACAGCGUACUGACUGAAGACAUGGUUUUAUCACAAGAGCUGGAAUCUUCGACUUCUCCUAGUAAACAUUCACCUCCCAAAAGCUGCACAUCUGUGUCAAAGCAGGAGUCCAGCAAAGGAAGCCAUAGGAUUGGAGGACAAUGUCACCUGCCUGUCAAGUCCCAUCAACACUGUUAUAGCUGGUCAGACGAGUCAUUAUCUAUGACCCAGUCAGAAACCACAUCUGACCAGAGUGACAUCGAAGGCAGGAUCAGAGCUCUGAAGGAUGAGCUGCGGAAAAGAAAAUCAGUUGUGGACCAGCUGAAGAAGGAACAGAAAAAACGGCAAAAGGAAAGACUGAAAGCCCAAGAAGCCAGUCUGAUCAAACAGUUAGAGUCAUAUGAUGAAUUCAUUAAGAAAACUGAAGCCGAGCUUAGCCGAGAUUUGGAAACGUCGCCUACAGCCAAACCUCAGAUUAAAACGCUCCCCUCAGCUUCUGAAAAACCCAAGAUCAAGCCCCUUCAAAUCCACAGAUCUGAAACGGCAAAGAAUUGGAAAUCACUAACAGACUCUGAACGUUCCAGAGGAUCCCUGGAGUCUAUUGCUGAACAUGCUGAUGCUGCAUUGUCAGGUUCUGAGAGAUCGGUGUCAGAAAGGUCUUUAUCUGCAUAUGCAAAGAGAAGGAUUGAACUGGACAGUCGAACAGAAGAGCAUUUUCAGACUUCAUCUCCUAUUCUCAGGUCAUCAAGGAAAACCAGAGCAGAAUCUGGAGAUUCUCUAGACAAUGUACCCUUAUUACAUCUUCUCAAAGAAUUAAAUGCCCCUAGUAGCAUUCUGGAUGUGUCAGAUGCCAAGGCUGAAGAUGAACCUAGUCAAAAAUCAGAAACACAAGAAGUAAAAUAUGCAAAAUUGGAAGCGAGCGAGGUUGAAGAAGCCUAUUUUAAACAAUCCAGGAAGCCCAAUGUCUUACUAAAACUAGAGCUGGAGCAGGGAGAUUCAUCUGAAAUUCUUUCAAAGAAAGAUCUUCCUUUAGAGUCUAUAAAUGUUCAGAAAGACUUAGUUAGAUUGGCCAUUGAAAAUCUUCAUAAAACAGAGUUGAAAGAGGGACAAUCAGAUCAAGCGAUGGAUCAUAGUCAAAGCAUCCAAUCAGAAAAAGAUACUCAUACACAAAAGAACAUAAAGGAAAGGAACUCAUCUUUGUCGGAACAUCUUCUUGCUCCUAAAGAAACAUACUCUGAAGAUUUUGAAGUGUCUUCUUUCAAGAGGGACAUUUCAGCAAAAUUGUACAAUGAUGACUUUGAGGCAUUAUCUUUGUUGUCGCUCAGCAAAGACUCUCAGUCUUGCAGAGAUAAGUCACAGCCAGCUAGGAGCUCCGGAAGCCUAGCGCCUAGCUUUGGGAGUGAUGAGGGAGUCAGUGAGUGCCUCAGUGAGAAAAGCCUUUCUAUCCAUAGCAACAUCCACUCCGAAAGGCUGUUAGAACUCAAGUCCCCUACAGAGCUAAUGAAGAGCAAGGAACGCAGCGAUGUGGAGCAUGGACGGGAAGCUGCCGAACCCUCUUCCUUGGCUUCAGCUCCUGUUGCAGAUGAGUUACUUGACUUUCACAUUGGUGAUCGGGUGUUGAUUGGCAAUGUCCAGCCAGGAACUCUCCGAUUCAAAGGCGUGACUAGUUUUGCUAAAGGAUUCUGGGCUGGAGUGGAGUUGGAUAAACCAGAAGGAAAUAACAGUGGAACGUACGAUGGCAUCGUAUACUUUGUGUGCAAAGAGAAACAUGGCAUUUUUGCUCCUCCUCAAAAAAUAUCUCACAUUCCAGAAAACUUUGAUGACUAUGUGGACAUAAACGAGGACGAAGGCUCUUACUCAGAUGACCAGUAUCAUUACUGUAAUCAAGAACGCAAAGAUACAGAGGGUCCCACGUUUGAGAGAGAAAAGGAUGCUGUUGAGUGUUUUCAUGAGAAAGCUCCACCUAGCAUGCACGAUAUAGAAGCCUCCGCUGAUAGAAACCUUAACAUAGAAACAGCCAGUGUACAGGACAUUUCGGGGGUGCUUGAAGCCCAUGUUCACCAGCAGUCCUCAGUGGAUUCACUGAUCUCUUCAAAAGAAAACAAAGACCUUGUUUCUGGUACCUCCGAAGAGGCUUCCUUUGCUGUAGAAGACGACACUUUAGACAACACCUUUUCUGAAGAAUUGAAGCAACAACAGGUUACAGAAAAGGAAGAAAACCUACAUCCCGAGGUUUCAGACAAGCUUUCUACCCCACUUCUGGACCUUUUAACACGAGAAAAGAGCCAGUUGGAAGCCCAGCUGAGGUCAUCGCUAAGUGAGGGAAAAAGGUCAAAGCAACAACUAGAAACAGUCAGCUUCCUGACAGACAGUUUACUGAAAGCGUUUGUGACGGACACAGUCAGUCAACUACAACAAAUCAAAAAAGCUAGGAAUGAGAAAAUCCAGCUUAGCAAUCAAGAGCUUCUCGAUGACGAUCAAAAGAAAGCACCACCCCAAUGCCUGUCCCAAAAUCUUGAGGAACAGUUGCCAAGUGUUCUGGGUGGUUUCUUAAGGCCUGAAUUGGAAGAUGAAAAAGAAGAGAUUUCCUCACCAGACCUGUGUCCCAGACCUGAGAGUCCGGUAUUUGGAGCCAGCGGACAGGAAGAGCUUGCUAAGAGACUUGCUGAACUGGAGAUCAGCCGGGAGUUCCUGAGCGCAUUAGGAGAUGAUCAAGACUGGUUUGAUGAAGACUUUGGUUUGAGCUCUUCUCACAAGAUCCAAAAGAAUAAGGCAGAAGAAACGAUCGUUCCUCUAAUGGCAGAACCAAAAAGAGCUCCCCCAAAGCCAUGUGAAACGCUCUUGGCAGUCCCACACACUGCAGAGGAAGUAGAAAGUCUCGUACAUCAUGCAGCAGAAGAACUUUGGAAAUGGAAAGAAUUAGGUCACGACCUUCACAGCAUCAGUAUUCCUACAAAACUGCUCGGCUGUGCCAGUAAGGGUCUAGACAUAGAAAGUACUAGUAAGAGGGUCUACAAACAGGCGGUCUUUGAUUUAACAAAAGAGAUUUUUGAGGAAAUAUUUGCUGAGGAUCCCAACCUGAAUCAGCCUGUCUGGAUGAAGCCGUGCAGAGUCAACUCUAAUUACUUCCGACGAGUGAAAAAUCCAAGUAACCUUGAUGAAAUCAAGAGCUUCAUAGCAGCCGAAGUACUCAAGUUAUUCAGUCUUAAAAAGGAGACAAACCACAAAACAGAUUGGCAGAAAAUGAUAAAAUUUGGAAGAAAGAAAAGAGACCGAGUGGAUCACAUCCUGGUGCAGGAGCUCCAUGAAGAGGAGGCCCAGUGGGUGAAUUACGAUGAGGAUGAGUUGUGUGUAAAGAUGCAGCUGGCUGAUGGGAUCUUUGAGACCUUGAUCAGAGAUACUAUCGAUGUCCUGAAUCAGAUCAGUGAAAAACAGGGGCGAGUGCUACUUGUGUGACAUCUUGCAAAUAAAUCGAACACUGAGUGCUAACACGCGUCUGGGCCUUUCUGCCUCCUGAUACACACCCAUCUCCAUCCUAACAAGAGUGCUCUGGACCACGUACCUGUAUUGAGAGACUGCUGGUUUGGAGCCCACAGGACAAGCGGUAUCUGGUAUUGCAGCCUUUGCCUGUUGAGACUGUCCGCUGGCCGUGGUGGUUAUCGUCACCGGGCAGGGUUGCACACCUGAUGUUGACACACACUGUAAUUCUACACCUCUUGUCAGCACCCCUGCCGGGUCUCAGAUGAGGGCUGAAAACACCAGACUUACCUGGUAGCUGAGACUAGGGUGGCACUUCCUUGAGUCUGAAGUCAGGCAGGAGAGGUAUAUAGAUAAACGCAUUAGACCAUUUUUGAAAUGUAAUCCUGGUCUGUACCAUGAAAGUCGUAAAUGGACAUGAUGGUCUCUAAACAGUAUUAAACCCUUAACCACUUCUAACUAGGCAGGUUCAACGAUGCGCACCUGGUUCACGUUCUGGAGUUCAUGUCUUUUCUUUGGGAAGACCAUUUUCUUCCAUUACUGUAGCUGAGCAGCACCCGUGGACUGUCAAGUUCACAGAAGUCAGCAGUAGCCUCGCUUUCUGAGCGCCAUCUGAAGAAUUUUAAACCUCUGCGUUAUUUUCAGUUUUCUCCCUAUGGGCAUGAAAGCAAAUAAAUGCCCCCACAGAAGACUGGGCUCAAAGGACUGGUGCAGGGCUGGCUCUUCUGCCCUUGUCUCCCUCUGCCAGCUGCUCCCAGAUUCUCAGAUCCUCGGGACCAUCUCAGGCAUCCAGGCAAAAGUGGAGAUCAUUCAUUCUGGCCUUCAAACUGUCAGCCGCCAUCUCUCCCCAGGAAGGCAGAAACGCUGUUACUUGAAUGAAUUAGGAAAUGAGUGUGUGCACCAAAGACAAAAAGAUAUUGUCUCUUAUUUGUGUGCUUGUGUUGUGCUAUGGAACAUUUUUUAAUUUAUUUUAAGAUAAAUUAUUAAGUUGAAAAUGUGUGUCCCUAUUCAGAAGUGAAAGAUUCUCGUAAUAGUUAUACUUCCGUCUUGAAGCUUCUAUGGUCAUAGUCUUUGCACAGGAAACCUACGGUUUUAACAAACCCAUGUACAUCGAAGAAGGCAGUGUUAUUCAGUGAAAAGAAGAUGGGUUUUACCAAGGUCAUCUGCAGUAGCAGGAAUGGGAUAAAACAUUGUAAAGACACUGUAAAAAUUCAACUCUGCCUCUCAGCAGCACUGCUUCUUACAACUCUUACCUGUAUCUGAAAAAACACAUAGACUCCAGCUGCUAUGUUAGAGCACAGGCGAUGCUCUCCCGGGACCUCAGUACCCUGCCUUCUUGACUGGUUUCUCUUAUCAAGUAAUCUAGAAGAAUGUGGAUAAUCUUAGGCGUGAAUGUAAAUGCCUUAAUAUUGGAGGUCCUGACUAGAAGCAUGAUAUAAGACAUCCACUGGAUUCAUAUUUACAAAUACCCUGGAAUGUUAUAGCUUCAAAAGAUAUGUUAGAAAAACCCCAAAGAUGGUGUAAUUUUUAAGUGUGCACGUUCGUUCAUUUCUGCAUCUUUCCUCCAACUUGCCUUCGCGUCUCCAAUGUUUCACUAUGCACACUUCCAUCCCUCUUUGGUUUCAUCUUGUCAUUAAUGAGAAACUCGCUGAAAUGAUCAUUGGAAUAUUUGCAUUUUGCACAAUGACUGGUAUGAUAGCUCUUGACAAAUAAGGAAAGCACUGAAAUGUGAUCGGGUCUCAGGAAAUGCUCGGGUUAAUGUCCUGCCAGCAUUUCUUUUGGGCGUUUGAUGUUGAGCUCUGGUCUCGUAGCCAUAAUGAGCAAAUUCACUAAGAGAAGCUAGGGUUUCUUGGGGUUAUUAACCAGUAGUGUGGAGAUAGGAUUUUCAUGUGGCCAAGGAAAAGCCAAGGCUUUUCUUUUCAGUUUGUAUUAUUUGGCAGACAGAAAACAUCUUGUCUUACAUCCUUUGGCUGUUUGUAGGAUUACAUUGUCCUUAUGAUACUGAAACUUUACAGCUGCUGUAAAUUUUUUAUAAAUGAAUAUGAAAAUAAUAUAGGAAUAUAGGUUGUUUUUCUACAUCCUCAUUAUUUGGACCUAGAUCAGUUUUUAAUAAGAAAGUUUAUCUUUAUUCUUUAUGACAUUGUGAUUCCAGAAAAGGAAAGAAACGCUGUAAGUCCCUGGAGCCAGCAGUCUGGACUUACCCUCUGGUAAGAACGUGGCGGCAACCCUGACAUGCUCCAUCUCUCUUUACUGUCCUAAGAACUUUGGGUUCCACGUGAGGCAGGAAUUGGUCUGUUGUACUCCUUGCUAGAAAUGAUUAUUCAUAGUUUGGUAGCAGAAAACAAAGGAAUCUAUAAUGAGCAGAUUUCUUAUUAACUCUUGGGAUAAAUUUGAAGGGGGUUUAUUGUUAGGAUUGGGAAUGAUAAACAUGGACACCCAGCCACUUGUUCCUUAUUGGGAUCUUUUUAAUCAAGCUCUGCCUCUUAACCAAGAAUCUAAAUAUUCCCUCUUUGUAAUCUUUGUUCCUUCUCCCCACACGCCCAUCCUUUCUUCAUAAUUCCUCUAAGAAAAAGAUCUUUGCAUCAGCAGUAAUAUCUUUUAGAAUAGCACUCAGAAUUUAGUAGUAAACCAACAUAUCGGCUUCAGAUUUAUUUCUGAGUCCAAAAUAAUUUGUGCUAUCCAGGGUACUUAACUCUGGGUUAAAUAAAUACAGGGUAUAGAUUCCCUCUUCAGGUCUAAACAGGAAUUUUUACUCUAGGGAAAAGUGGGGAAGAGCUCAAAAGUAGUUAAUAAGGAAGGUAGUUUGUUUUUCUUUUACCUAAAAGAAAAGAAUUCCUUCUGUAACUACAGGUCUCUGAGAAAUUAUCUUUCAGAAGAGAUUUCAUUGCUCAUAAGAGUUUUGUGGCCUAUUGAUAAAAACAAUUUUGUUCACUUUUCUUGUCUUGAAAAAAAGUGGCCUUAGCUUUUUGCAAUACUUGAAUAAAGUGUGUACUCGCACAGCGUUAGAGACUCAUAACUUUUCUGCAAGAAGUUCAAACUUACAUCUUCUUUUACUACCUUAAGAAUACUAGUGAAUGAAACAUUAAUUCAAAGAGCAAAUGAUAGAACUACAAUGAUGUUUCAUGCAAAUUGUAGGAAUUUACAUGUUUACAAAUCAUCUUAAACUGGUUGUGCAGCAAUUCAAUAAAAUAUCUUUGUAUUAUAAAAAUGUGAAGAAAAAAAUGUCAACUGAUGUAAAGGAGGUACUGUCAUUUUAAUGAACCUAUGUUUAAUAGCUUUUCCUCCCGGACUUUGCAAAGCCUUCUUGGGAAACACAUUGCAAAGUGUUCUCUGGGAGGCCCGGCCUCCGUGUGUGUACUGUAUUGUGCAGACAUGAAAAACAAACCCGUUUACUGUGUAUGUGUAAAUAGCCUGGUCUUCAGGCCAUUUUCAGCCAAUAGUCACAUCCAGUGCAACUUUGCACAGAAAACUUAGGGUGUGGUUUGUAAGUAUGAUCUGUAACAUAACUGGGACGAAUUCCCAUGUAUACCUGUGUAAAUAGAUUUGUUAACUGAAAUGUACUUUAAGAAAAGAUAAAAAAAUCUGUAAAUAAACUGAUUUAUAAAUUCA